ACAACAACAACAACAACAACGACGACGACGACGACGACGACGACGACGACAACAACAACAACAACAACGGCAAUAAAAGUAGAACUGGUCGUAAAUAGGAAUCGUUGCAGCUGAGCUAGCCAUUGAUCGUUGUUAUACAACGAGAACUACGACAAAUACUGCUACAACUACGGGCAUUCGAAAACUCGACAACACAGUCAUAUAGCAGUAGGUAACGAACUGACCGCGGACGGAAUCACAUAGCUCUAGGCUCGCUGUGUGUCGACAGGGUGGAAAAAAUCGACUAGUCGGAAGAAUUGUGAUAUAGUGAUCAGCAAGGGGUGGCAGGGGUGUGCACCUCAGGAGAUGGAGCGAACAGCAGCAUGAAACGUAGCUGCCACUUAGUGAGGCGUGGGGGAAGUGGUGCACUGUCCGAUAGUCGAGUCAACCAGGGCCGCCGUUAUUUGACAGUAACAGCAAAAGGAAACAACAACAACAUCAUCAGCAGACGCAGCAGUAAAGGCCUUUGUCAGGUGCUUUUUCAUUGUGGUCAUGUCGUGAUCGUGCUCGCGUAACAAAUGCUCAUCGAUGAUAGAUCACAAGGCGAGAUAGAACCGAUAGACAACAAAGGCAGUGACGACGAAGGCGAGCCUGAGCGAAACGGCCAUCACGAAAACAAACGGCAGGACAAGUCCACAAAGAAACAGCGGUCACAACAAGCGCAGGCACAACUGUGCGCGCCGCUUUGCUGCAAAUGCAGUUUAUAUUUAAUCAAUAGGCAAUUAUUGCAAGGUAGAUUUACUACAGGUGAUUGUGUUGCUAUUGAGUUAUAGCGUUAAAACGCCACACGGCGGCCCCAUAGCAUGGUGACGACAAAUCCGGCAGCGAAAAGAAUAGCGCGCAUCAAAACAAGAGUACGAAUUGUCGAAACAGAGCCGUAACACGGCAGCAACGGCACAAAUCGAAACGAGCGGUCAGGGGCAGCAAACGAUUGCGGGGCAAUUCGGGCCGCCGAGAAAAGCAUCAGCACAUCAAAACAAGCCUCGGUGGAAGGAACGGCUACACGAGUGAUCGGAGCUGAAUAGAGAGAGAUGUCUAACAGGCAUCUGCGAAUAUCAGUACUGAGUGUAUUAUCAUUGACUGGAACGAACCGCAGCUUUUCGAUGCCAACGGGUGGCGUUUCGAGUUCUAGUCGAAUUCGAUAAUUCUCGUAGUCAAGGGGUUCGGAACGUCAUCGCUCUAUCGAGCAGUAGUGCUCGUGAUUCACGCGACAAAUUGUCACAGACAAACGAUUCGGUUUGACCAUCGACGACAAGCAUUCCUAGAAAAUGCUUGCCUCCACACGAGACAGUGAGGAAGAGGCUUGCUUGUGUCGGUCUCAGACUGACAUAUGCAUUUGACGAUUUUGCACGGCGCGUCCGAAGUCGUUCAAAUAGCUACUAAGCAAAAAGACGACGUUAUUAAAUAGCCAGUGAAAAUAAACCUGUUGGCCGGCAAACGCUAAGCGAACGGCGGGGGUCACACAACAUACGUGAGCGGUUGUUGCUGCCGUUGUUAUUGUUAUGGUUGUUGUUCAAGUUCGUUUUCUUUACACUGCAGCACUUCCACACUGCGAAUAAUAAGCUCUAUGAAGACACCGUAAUAAUGUACCGAUAAUUAUUGGUACUUUUACUAAAACGGAGAUUGGAUGUUCCACCUGUGUCCGAUCUUGCCGGCGACCCGCUACUGUGAUAGCUACAGCGAAUCUAUCAGGAAAAGCUGCCUCUUCGUUGACAGAUAGCGGUCUUUUCAGACUAUCCGAGUUAGUCUGACAGUGAAUUUUUCUUUCGUAGCUUCCACCGUCGUCGUUGUCAGUAUAAAGGUGAUUUAUUCACGCGGAAUAUAGUAUGUGUUAUAUAGUCCGGUGAAGUAUUUUCGUGUGAGCCCGCAGCAACUGGCCGGUGCACCAAAAUUGUUGGUACUACGAACGCAGCUUUGGGAUCGCAUAGACAAGGUCCGUUUGAUACUAAAUGCCCUCAUCGUGUCUGUUGUGACAACGGCGAACAGUGCAGAAGCGGCUGAUCUUUCCUUACCACAGACACACAAAUAAUACGAAAACGCCAGCGUGUCUUGAAGCCUCGACUGAAUUUCGUGGUAAUUUAAAAAUCAUUGUUUACUGUACAAAGUGGCCAUCCAGACAUACGAGAGUCGUCGAAUAUUGUAUUUUGUGCAAUCUCGUCGUCGCUCAAUAGUCUCUCGCGGGGUAGCAUUACUUUUUAUAUAGGGAACGACGAAAUGAGCUUAAGGCGAACAUAGCGAGGGCAGACUGUAUUCGUGUGUGGCUAUGCUGCUACUGGAAAUCACUCGUAAAACGCUGUCUUCCACAUCCAACCAGCAAUAGGAGGCCAGAAGCCAAUACGCGUCUCUUAUUAGUCCUGAAGAAGCUGCGGUAGAAGCACCAGCAGUAGUACAGCGCGCACGUCAUAUCCACGAGUAUUACAAGCAUAGACAGGGCCCCCUGCCAGGGCCAAUGAACAAAAAACAAAUCUGCUCCCCAUGUUCUCUUAUGCGAGAACGUAGCCUAGACCAUUUCGGAACUUCUAAUCUAAAUUAAAGACAGUCUCGUGGUUCAGGUCUGUUACGGGCAAUCUCCGUUGCCUAACGACGACUUGGUAGCUCUCGUCAGAAUGGCACUGCUUUCUCCAGAUCGGCUACGCUUUCAUUUGCCAACGGGCAUCGACAGAAAGGUAUAGAAAGAAAGUAAUAACAGAGAAGGCUUAAGAAAUCGACAAACGCUGCAGAGUUCAGGGUGUCACGAGCACGCGAGCGCACGUUAUUCACUGCGAAGCCUGGCUACGGUACGUUGUAGCGGGCACAGAGUGUAUGGAUAGCAGCCACUUUAGAAACGCGUUGGUAGGUGGCAACUGAGAAAAGCGAAGACGACAGAAGACGGCGCAAAAACGAGUAUAGUACGACACCGGAAGAAACCGCUUGCUCACGUCCUAGACAGACGUGGUAGCAACGGAGAGCUGGAUAAUUUAGAUCAGCCGGCGGAUGUAACUAUAGCACUGUCAUAAGUUGCACCAAAAUCAUUAGCUAUCAUUUUUGGGUCUAUUUUCGCCGUAGAACAAGCGGGUUUAUGAGCUAUCUCGGAUCAUUCACCUUGCCUUCUAUAGCCACAAGCAACCUGAGCUUUCUGUGAGAUACCGUUAAAGGAACGUGUCAUCGAACCAGACGAGCUGAAUAAAUAUGCACAACGGUGUCAGCAGCGUGGAAGCGUAACCUAGAAAAACCUGAGAAGACGUCCAUAGCUCUAGGCACGGUCCUCAAUGGCAGACGCUUCCAGAUGCUUUAGAAGUUGACCUUGUUUCUUGUCGCUUCUUACCGAGCUAUUGCAUGCCACAAUUGCUGUUUGGAAGAAAGAGUGCAUAACUUAAUUCAAUGGAGUGAUACGUCGAGAAAUAGUUUACUUAAUGUAAAAAUAAUCGCUAACAUCACGACCCCUGUACCAUUCGUGCAGCCGCCAUUUUAACUAAUUAAAUUCACGCUAAAACAAGUCCGUCUUCCUUGUUUAUAUAGCGCUGUUUGGUUUUCGCUAAGCAGUCCGCCUGAGAAUUGGUUGCCUUUGCGACCACUGAUGUUUUUCCAAGGAGCCACUUGAAGUUUUGCCGGGGACAAUCCCAUCACAGUCAACAACUGUGACAAAGCGCGACGAGCAGAAAUAGAAGACAAGGGGUCUUCUUGUCGAGGCAGUAACAAGAUUGUAUAGUCGAAAUAUCUGCGCCGUUUUCGCUGUGUUUUUCGCCAAUACCGAGCAUUGUAAAUUACGCUCCGAGCGAUAUACGAACUCUUUGAUUCUAUGAGGUGCCUUGCGCUGCCGCUUGCAAUGGAACGCGUGCUACAGUCUUAACAAUUUGCAGCAACAGCUAUGCGUAUUAGAUGAUCUGCGAUGUGAUGAAGGGAGAAGAUCGACUUUAUACCGCCAUCAGAAUCUUCACUGCGACUCCAACUCCAUCUUGUCCUACGGAUUCACCGCGGCUGAGAGCUGCCAACACCAUUGUGCGCGCAGGACAACAUCAGUCGCCACGGGAAAAGCAAGGACCAGUGGAGUGAGGCUCAUUGUCUACUUAACCAGAGGGCUAAUGCCAGAGAAAACAAAGGAAAUCAUUCACAAAGAGUUACAGUCCACUCCCGCAAUCACCGGUUUACCCCUUCACAUCGCUAGUGGACCACACUCACUCAGGGGCUUGCCCGUCUGCACAGUGAUCUGCGCCUAUAUCAGAAUACGUAGUGUGUGGGUGCUCGGCAACAAGCUGGCUUUCACUACAGAGCGCGUCUGGUAAUAUCUAUUCGUUGAUAUAAUAUAGCAAAAAAAAACAUAACAAGACGUAAUUUUCUUCCCAGUUUUCUCGUACACGUAACCUGUAGUAUCUGUUGUGAUACACUGAAAGAUGCGUUUGGGUUCAGGUGUUUUUCUGAUGCAAGGUUAAAACCGAGCCCACGCAAAAAGCAUACUUGAAGCUCGAAAAAGAGAAAUAUCCCAGCUGUACUAGCCGCAGAGACUAGAAGCCGUAAGCUGAAGUUGAAAAGGGAAGGCGAAGAAUAAGCCUAAGCUGUUUCUCUGGGUGACUUGUCGACCAGCACUUCUGAUACAGUGUGUUGGUUGACGUCGAAUCGUAUCCUUCUGACUGGCUGGUUAUAAGAGACCUUGGCAGGUAUGCACCAUACGCAGGAUCCAUACAACGCAGGGCGCAAACACAUCAACGUAAAUCCACCUUUCCACUACUUCACAUCAAAGUGUCUAUGCUGAAAAUAUAUGGCUUAGGGUCGUGUUUACCAUUUGGUUUUCGUGCCUCUGAUUAAUCGACGCCAGCAAUUUUCUGGAUCAACUGAUAUCUGUGCCCCUUGUGCCCAUCAUCAAUUCGUAUGUUCAUAAUAAUUGCCAAUGACAAGUGAAGUACACGAAGUCUGUGAAUAAGCAAACCAAUGUGCGAGUAUUUAAGAAAAAGAAUAAGAAGAAGCAAAAGGAUGUCAUACGCGAAGUAAAACCUUUCGAAGGACAGAAGAAGUCCAGUCUACUUUGUUUCGUGAAUUUGUGCAACAAGUAUACGCCAUACUGAUGGAUAGCGGAAUAAAGUCAACCGAGUAUUUGUCGCCCGAAUCGUGACCGCCUCUGGGCUUUAGUGUUAUAUCUACUGCUGCUUCAACUAUUUGUAUAACAUUUUUCAUUAAUGAGAAUAAUACCCAUAAUAAUAAUAGUUUUGCAAGAACGGAGUUAACAAUUCGAUCGAAAAGGGAUUACAGAACGUGGGGCCCUCCCUGGUCGGAGGUAGGGUCACGCAUAUAAAAUUCGAGUGCAAUUGUUCCGAGCAUUAGCUACUUUUCAGUCACCGUCAAUAACAGCCAUCAGAACUCGAAGCACACAAGAUGUGGGGCUCGGAAAAACAUAUCCUUGAUGAGCCAGCGCUGGUUCAGUCGAUAUUUCUGAACGACCCCGGCCAGUUAGAGAGCGAAUUGGCCUCGUCGCCACAUCCUGACGGACCGAAUUGGCACGAUGAACAGCGGCGAACCUUGGUGCACGCAGCGGCUUUCUGCGGUAAUGUCCACAUCACACGGAUGUUGCUCCAAAAAGGUGCGCGGGUCAAUGCGAAGGACGUAUUUUGGAUUACGCCCCUACACCGAGUCUGCUGUCGUGAAGAAGUCCCGGGUGCGCGUGAGGAGGAGGCUCUCAAGCCAGACCUGAUGCAAGGCCUUGAUGUUGACAGACCCUUACCGCCUAAUCGGCGAAUUCUUUCAGGAGGAAACUUUCCUAGUCCGUAUAAGGAGCCCCAACCCCUUGUGACGAUCAGUCAUUUUACCAAUGGGGCAACAUCGGUAUCGACACCAAUUUCUGCGUCAAACGUUGUCGCUGGAUCAUCUACUGCCGUCAUCAACGGCAACGCUAGUUAUAAUCAUGAUCAAGCCUUGCUCGAUUGGAUUCUGGGUAAUGUACCUGACCAGUGCGGAGUGAACACUUCAGUUGAUCCACACAACCCACUGCUGAACGCCGGGGCAAUGCUUACGACUUUGUCGUCAGCGUCCUCACUGCCGCCGAACGGGCGAACAGAUCUCGGAGUUACAACCAACCCACCAAUGUCAUCUUCAUGGUCAGCAACGAAAAGCAACGGCAGCAAUGAAUGGUAUAAUAAUUGCGGCUUACCGAAUUCGUCACGCAACGAAAAUUCGAUCGUCGGUCUAGUUCGUUGUAAUUCACACUCGUUCCAGUCGCAUCCCUUAGCAUCGGCCACCACCUUCCAAACGCUCAAUUUGGCCGGUCUUGACGACGAGGAAGACUGGCCCGAUUACGGCGAAACGUGCCGAGUACUGCUCGAGGCUGGUGCCGACGUUAGCGCUAGAGAUAAACUGUGGCAAACACCUCUUCAUGUGGCGGCAGCAAACAACGCAUUGACAUGCGCCCAAGCGAUUCUCGCUCACCAGGAACGGCGACAGGCCGCCACGAACGGGUCAGCUCAUUUGAAAUUUAACUUUCUCGACAUAUCGGACAAGUUCGGUCGGACGUGCCUACACCACGCCGUAUUCAACGGACACGUGCAAAUGGCGAAACUUCUGCUCGAUCACGGCGCCAGCCCGGAUAUUCUCGAUAAGAAACAGCGGCGUCCCGCACACUAUGCAGCCUUUCUUGGGCACGCCGAUCUUCUACGCCUGCUUGCGCAACAUGGCGCCCAACUUGAGGUGUUCGACCAGGAUCGGCUCACGCCGUUACAUGCGGCCUGCGCCGGGGGACGGCCUGGCGCAGUUCAAGCGCUGUUGGCAAUGGGGGCUCGCCUCGACGUGCCCGACGGCCGAGGUAACACGGGUUUACAUAUAUGUUCGCUCAAUGGGAAGUCCGAAGUUGCAUCGUGCUUAAUCGCGGCCAGAGCGCCCGUAUCAGCCAAAAACGCGCUAGGCUAUACGCCACUUCAUUACGCAGCAGCCUCCACUCACGGAGGGACGUGCGUUGAGCUGUUGCUGGCGAUGGGCGCUUUAGUCAAUGCCAAAAGCGGAUCCGGACGAACGCCACUUCACAUGAGUGCCAUCCACGGGAGGGUCACAAGGGCCCAAAACCUCAUUAAUGCCGGAGCUCAACUCAACACGGCUGAUCGACAUGGUCUUACCACGUUACACAUCGCCGCUCGGUACGGCCACGAGUUGCUGGUCCAAUGCCUUUUAAAUCGGGGUGCUCAGGCGAGUCACACGGCUCGUGACGGAAGCAGUGCGCUGCAUCUGGCAGCGCUUUAUGGUCAUUCCGGCGUUUGCCAUAAGCUGGUGGCCGGAGGUGCCGAUAUUUUGGGACGAGACAACGCAGGCCGGACGGCAAUCCACUGCGCGGCAUUUGCCGGAAACCUGGAGCUGGUUUCCGAAUUUUAUAACUUCCUCGGGGAGCAAAAGGUCACUAAAAGUCUGUCCUAUGAUGUCAUAGUCGACUCGAACGGACGCACCCCUCUACAUUACGCCGUGGCAAAUCGGCAACAGCAUCGUGAUGUUAACUUACUGGCAUAUCUCAGCCACCGUUCGCCUCUCGACGCUGGACGUCCCGAUGUGGACGGGCGCACUCCGCUCCAUCUAGCCUGCGCCCUCCAGGACGAUCUAUACGUUAACUUUUUUCUUGGACUGCUCAAAGCUGACGAAUGGUGUAAACUUCUAGACGUCUCAGGUGCAGGCCCACUUCAUUAUGCGGCCCACGCCGGAAACGACAUGGCGCUCAAGACGAUUCUUUCCCAACUAUCGAAUGAUGAUAUUCGUACAAUCAUAGGUUGCCCUCCCAUGGCUCCGACACAAAGGCUUUCGCCCGUGGAGUUAGCAGCUCGCAGUGGUCAUCUUGAGUGUCUUCGCUUGCUCCUGGAAUACGCUAGCCAGUGCGAGGAGGAUAAUGAUGAACACGGUCGAGGGUCAGCUGCGCAGUCCUCAGCGUCGUCCGCUCAAAGGCCGGAUCUUGCUCUGAUAAUUGCUGCUAGACACAAUCGGGAGGAUUGCCUGUUAUAUCUGCUCAACUGCGGCCUGUACGAUGUGAACGUUAGCGAUCGACGGGGUCGCACUCCGCUAAUGCACGCGGCUAUGCGGUCGUCAAGUCAAACAAUUCGCGCCCUAUUAGAGCAAGGCGCCGAUGUUCGGAUGCGUGACAACCGGGGCCUUGGUGUACUUCACUAUGCGUUCAACAAUCCGGAAGCGACUCGCGAGUUGUUGGAAUCCGGGGCUCCGAUCCUCACUAAGGUAAAGGUGCCGUGCAAGAGUCCACUUCACCUGGCCGCACUUACUGGCAAUGCAAAGGUUUUGCAAGCUCUGGCUGAGGCUCUACAGGCAGAACUAGCCACAGACUCGAUGACGGCCAGCGUGACCGCUGCCAACGGUUUGUCUUUCGGUGGGCGUCGGUCGCUCUUGGCAUUACGAGACCCUCAGGGUUAUUCAGUUCUUCAUUAUGCCUGUUAUUCAGGAAAUCGCGAGUGUGUCACAUUAUUGUUGCGUCUGGCUGAGGAGGAGAUGAGCGAGGACGCAGAGAUGCACGUCGCCCCGCGAGCACACUUCAGUGAACUUCACUGUGCAGCGGGCCACCUUAACGGUGUAUCAUUAUUGGAAUCAUUGAUCAAACUGCUCGGAGGGCAGUCGGUCCAUGCCCGAGACGCCAGAGGACGCACUGCAUUACAUGUGGCUGCUAUUCGGGGAGUGUCGAGGAACUGCGACGCCCUAAUAGCACGCGGUGCCCGUGUCGACGAACGAGAUAACCUUGCCUGUACACCGUUGAUACUCGCUGCCCAAAAUGGACAGUGUAAUGUAAUCGAACUUUUGUUAUCCCGGGGUGCUGACCCGUUAGCCCAGGACUGUAAAGGCGCAACGGCGCUUCAUCGGGCUUGCUUGGCUCAUCAAGAAGCCGUAGUGCAAUUGUUACUUGAUAGACCCCACACGAUAACCGCUUUGAUACAGGCCGAUUCAGCUGGUCUUGGCACGCUAGUCAAUUUGGCAGAUAAUGAGGGCCGGACGCCCUUGCAUCUGGCCGCUCGCAACGGCCUUGUGUCCGCCACCCAGCUGCUCAUUCAGAAUGGGGCUGACGUUACAGCCAAGGAUCGAUUCGGCCACACACCGGCAUUGUGCUGCGCGACUAACGCUCAAGUUGCACGUUGUCUUAAGCUCAUCCUCGACGUAUCACCUUUGGCCUUUGCUGCCGGGACGGUUACGGGGCCCUCGGCCUGUCCAGAUAUGCCCAGUCCACCACUCAGUGAGGAGGAAGAGGAGAAUUUUACCCACUAGUCGCAAAAAGCAAACACUUUAAAAACAGGAUCAGCGUCUUUAAUCAGCGUUAUAUGUAUAAUUUUCUUCAAGGACAACAUUAUAGACUAUUCAUCACGACGACAAUUGCCCACAAUCUAUCGACUGCAACCUAAACAGAAUCCUCCCUGGAAAACGGAACCAAGGGUACGGCGUUAUAAAUGAGCAAAAUUGUACCUAAAACAUUGACACGUAUAACCGGCGCAAUCUUAAGCAUCCAGGGCUGUGCACGUCUCGAGACGAACUUCCCGCUGUUUUGCUUUGAAUGUAAUCGAUGGGCCAAGGGUGCGUCGAUUCAGAUUUCUGGAUAUUUUUUCAUUGAUAACAGUGAGAAUAAUAAAAAUAGCAAGAGAAAUAAAGCAAAACCUAAAAAAACGAUUUUAUAAAACGGGCCACAUUUUUAACAAGAAAUGAUUUGUGGUUACUGGUUUAAAUAUCAUAGAUUGAUCGGUGACCGAGUUUCGAGUGGGGAAACUGUUUAACACAAACGGCUUCGGGUCCAGAGCCCUCAGGAAGCUAUGCGUAAUCAGUCAAAUGAACGAAUUACUGUAACAUGUACGUGGGAACGUGUGUCGCGUGUUACCAUGGCCCUUCUGAGUUCCGAGGCGCUCUUAAUCUACUAAAGGUCUGUUCUUUUUAAUGAUGCACAGGAAAUUCAUCAGCGCAAUGCUGAGCGGACGAGUGUAAAAAGGUGAUAAUGUUUUUCUUGUCAGUCGAGUGUGAAAUGCUUCUUAUGUGUUAAACAAUCAGAUGCGUUUUUCAAUUGCGUAUCGGAUGAUCGCUACCACUUCACUGCUUCUACAGCUGGCAUAGUAUGUCCAUGAUGUAUAAGUUAGGAACGCGUCGACUUUGCCUGGCUAUACAGAAGCUCAGUACUGAUCCACCUAGCAGCUACUACGAUUAUCCUUAUAUACCAUGGACACCCACGUAACCAUUGAAUCUAUCAAAUAAUAGCCUCGUAUGCCAGUCCGUCCCGCAUAAGCAACGAAACAAAUACACACACAUCUCUACAUAAACAGAAGAAAAAUCGAACAAGCCAUUCAACUUCUCGAGACGGCUACAAAAGUUACCCCCUUUUUCAUAGAACCAUUGAUCCUGGGUGGAAAAUGGCGCGAUCCGUCGUGACCUCGGCGCGAUUACGCAAAAUCUACUAUGACAGUGCACCAAGGAACGAUACACGAACAAUGACGGCUGUUACCGAAUUCGUAUUUAAUAAGGUCGGCGUUGUUUAAUACGGUCCUUAUUAUUAGCGUAGACGACGCCUGUGACGCUUAUUAUUAACUUGUUCAAUGCAUCUACCCGCGCCAAAUGACAACGACAGCAGCUGUGAGUGCUGCAGUAAUGUUGACGUCAAAAAUGUCUCUCUUACGAUAACGAACGAAAAAUGCUCUUAAAAAGUCUAAUAAACAAUAGAUGUUACAGCAAAGGGGAUGAGCACCAAAAAAGAAAGUUUCCGUCUUGUCACAACUGCACGUUCGUUGUUAAGUCGUACAGACGGGCAGGUGGCGACCGAGAUAGUUUGCAUCUGUGAAGCCACUUGUGACGACACAUCCUUAAACUUAUGCAUGUACAUGCACUAACUAAGGUUAUACGAUUACUGUGUAUAUCAUAAUUAUUUCACUAUAACUGUGGUGUCUAUAUAUAUAUAUAUAUAUAUAUAUAUAUAUAUAUAUAUAUGUAGAAUCAAUCGUAUAACUGAUUCUAAUCAUAAUGAGCCAAACACUGUAGUGUUAUGAUAAAACAGUUAAAGUGUGGGGGUAGCAAGAGGUCAGGGUGUUCGAAAUGUGAUUCAGAGGAUGCCGAUCGUUUCUUUUUUGUAAGUUAUCUACGAGCAUAUUCCACCUGUGAUGGACUGCGGUGGGUGUCUAUGGUGGACACUGCCUAGACGACCCACUCGACUUUCGCUUUAUGAACGAGAAUAACGCAUGUAUAGGUUUUGCCCUUUGACAAACACUUUUGACGAAGAACUUGAAAGUAUUCAUUGAUAUGCCCUUCCUUGUUGCAAUCAUGUGAUUCAAGGAGAUGUCGCGGCAAAUGUACGGCAAGCGGCGGCCGAAACACCGCGCAUUGCAAUCGUUCGUGCUCGACGGAAACGACCGGUGGACCACUCACUUAUCAAAGCGUAUUUAUGGCCUCGAAGCCAAGGGGUGAGAACCGGUUAGGAGCCCUUCGCGUAAGGACGCUAUCGAGGACAGCAAAAACGAGAGUGUUAAAAAAAACUGAUCAUCAACUGCAAUUACAUCGACUACAACAGCAUCAAACUAGGUUGAGAUUAAUGAGAACAGCUAAAAGCAACGCUGCGAAAAUAUAACGGUGUCAUGACAGAAUAUAACGACGUAAACACGAGAAGACCGUCCAAACGUUGCCUUGCCUUGCCUUGAUCAGGGUUCUGAUCUCCAACUACAGUUUUAGUUUACAUAAUAUAGGGAAUUUAUUUUAAAUACAUUCAUCCAUAUACUUAGAUAACGUAUUACUAUUAUCAUACAUAUAUCUAACUAUAUCUGUAUUGGGUCAUUUGUUGUGUGCGAAUGAAGUAAUGAUGAUAACGAGAACUAAUCUCGCUACAAAUACGAGCAGAACUACUAUCACUAGUUUUAAUUAAAUAUUAUUGUUUUCGAUUAACUAUCAUACAUUUAGGUAGCAAUCGGAUCACGCGACCCAGUCUCGUCUUGCCAUUAUUUGAUAUCUUACGUGUUAUCUAUGAUAUAAUUAGAACGACGGCAAGAUCCGAAUCGUUACUGAAAUGGCGCUGCCGCAAUUGAUGAAACAGAAUCAUGAUAAUUACGGUAAAAGCUUGGAAAAACAAAGCAGAUACGACUAAUCUGUAGACAGACAGGUGGGCACAUCUGCGGCCUUUAGAAAAAUCAAAGGGGCAUCGUAUUGAGUUGUAGUGGAAGGUUUUCCGUUGUCCAAAAGUCAGUAUCGAAAUGAUUCUAUAACAACUCUAUCUGUUAAGAACAUUGCUGAGGAAGACACAUAACGAGGGGGCAAUAAUGAUUAUAAUCGUAUGCUGUUCUGCAUGAUCGAGAUGUUAGGAAGAAUACGAGCGACUGUAGACAGAACUUGAAUGCUACCGCCGGAUAACGUUCCGCGCAAUUUAAAUGAAGCAAAUAACAAACACAAAGCAUUGACGAGUAUCGAAUAAUAACAGAUAGUAAUUAUAGACCGCGAUCAGGUCCGCCAGCGCGUGAGCCUGGCGAAUAUCCACACUGAGAUGUUUGAUUGGCUAUUUGAAUUCUGCACCGUACGUCUAGUCGUCUGCUUUCGUAAUAUACUGCCCUUUCACUUUCUCUACGAAUAGGAUAGGACUGUAUGUAUUUGUAAACAAUGGAACCCUGUUUACUUGUUUUUUUAGCCAAUCUUAAAUCGAAAACGACGAAAUUUCACGCAGUAAUAGAGAUACUCAUGCAUAGUAAUCACUGUUUGAGGGGAGCGAAUAUAAAAGAAAAAGAUAGACAAGAAUUCAAUAGUGAGAAACAAAAUUCCUAAACGAUAAUCUACAAUCAUGUUUGCCAUCGUAAUUCAAUACGAGCUCGUCCCUGUCCGUUACCUAUUCCCACAGUCGUAUAGAGAUUUCAAAUAAUUACCUACAUCAUUGAAGAAGCCACACUGUUUCGGACCUUUUUUGGUUUAGGGAUCUAGGACAACGAUGAUGAACGACUGAUGUUGAUAAAAAAAAUAUAACUUGGCUUUUGUCGGAAGCCAUAUUGAUCAUCUACA